CGGUUUUAUGGGUCGUCGUAGAGUUGAUAAGUAGUACAUACGCUCUUGCAUCUCCGUAUUUCGUAGUGAACUCGCCAUCAGGCCGGAUCACAUUUUCAGCCUAGAGAGUCAUCUUAGAAAGACAGAUUUUUUACGGAGCUCCGGUGAUACGUGUCCAAAGGAUCUAUUAAGAUUGUUCAAAAUGGCGCCAAAUCUAUUCGGUUCAUCAGCGACAUUAUAUUUGGAGGCAUCACAACAGGAUGUUCAUCAAGAAAAAUCGACGAUAGAAAAAGAAAAUAAUCAGAAAUUAGUUCAGAAGUCAUUGAGUUCCAAAUCGAAAUAUAAAUGGAAAAUCGUUUGGAGAAAUGUGAUUGCGUUUAUUUAUUUUCAUCUUGGAGGUCUAUAUGGAUUCUAUCUUUGGGGUAAUGGAAGCACAAAAGCAUAUACAAUUUUAUGGACAAUUUUAGUGACAUUUUGUAUUGCGAUGGGCAUCACAGCUGGUGCCCAUAGAUUAUGGUCACAUAGAGCUUACAAAGCAAAGUGGCCCUUACGUUUCGUGCUGAUGCUUCUUCAAACAACCGCCUUUCAGAAUCAUAUUUACGAAUGGGUGAGAGACCAUAGAGUUCAUCAUAAAUUCACAGAUACUGAUGCAGAUCCGCAUAACGCACAACGAGGAUUUUUCUUCUCGCAUAUGGGUUGGUUGUUAGUCCGAAAGCAUCCAGAUGUAUUUAAAAAAGGUGCUACUGUUGAUUUGAGCGAUCUGGAAAAAGAUCCUAUUGUUGUCUGGCAAAGAAGAUUGUAUAUCGUAUUAAUGCCACUGUUAUGCUUUGUGGUCCCUGUGUGGAUACCUUAUUAUUUCUGGAAUGAAAAAUUUAUUAAUGCUUGGUAUAGCAAUCUAGCAAGAUAUGUUUUUUCCUUGAACGCAACGUGGUUGGUGAAUUCUGCUGCUCAUAUGUGGGGCAUGAGACCUUAUGAUAAAAAUAUUGGCCCAACGGAAAAUCUAACUGUAUCUAUACUUGGAUGUGGUGAGGGAUGGCAUAAUUACCAUCAUGUAUUUCCAUGGGAUUACAAAGCCGGUGAAUUUGGCAAUUACAACACUAACUUUUCCACUGCAUUCAUUGAUUUUUGUGCUCGAUUGGGAUUGGCAUACGACAUGAAAACUGUUCCUGUCGAAGUGAUUAAAAAACGAGCCGCUAGAACUGGAGAUGGAUCAAGAUAUGAUAAAAACGAAGCUAUUUAUCAUCACAAUCACGAGGAUAUGAAAUGGGGUUGGGGCGAUAUAGAUAUGAAACCAGAGGAAAUCCAGGAAGUCAAUAUUUACAACAAAGGCGAUUAAUCGAUCGCUUGAUAAGUAGCAGAAAUGACUGGUCGAUAGUGCACGGAUAAUCACUAAUUGGAAAACAAUUAAUCAUUCAUUACGUCAAUUAUUGUUUAUUAUAAAAAUUAUUAGCAAUUUGUUAUUAUGUUAUCUCCGUGAAGGGUCGAUUGCUUGGUUGAUAAUCUGAUUAAUAUAAUUUUGAUUAUCUGUUAAAACUUAUUAAACUAAACAAAAUAAACACAAAACGAUUUGAUUCGAAUGAUUUACGGUAAGAUGAUUUUUUAUUUUCAUUGAAAUCUUUAUGAAAAAAAGGAAAGAUAAAAAAAAUCAAAAGAAAAAAAUGAAUAAGAGAAAUAAAAAAUUUUUUAUGCAGGUAAUCGACUUUUCACUUGAGAAUUUAAAUUAAAUUCGUGAUCUUUCGAUGCAGUUAUUCGAAAUGUCACGAUCUUUUCAUUUUUUUUCUGGAUUGAUUAAUCCGGAGAAUUGGGUAUAUGGUAAUUAAUUGAUUAAUUUUAUUAAUUCUACGUUAUACUGAAUGUGAUGGUAAUGUAUUUAUUUUGAGUAACGUAGAUUUAUCGUAACCAAAGCUAUUAAAGGAAUUAUAUAGUAUAAUCAUUGAUCAACUUGUUAUAGGUACACGGAAAAAUAUACGCGCUAAAUAUUGAUUCCUAAUUAUUAAAAUAAUUAUUAUUCCACAAUUAUUAAAGUUUAGGAUCUUUCGUGAGAUAUCAUGGGAUCGUAGGAUCGAUAAAAUAUAUUAAAAUCAGGAUUGCCAAGUAAAAUUUGACUAUUGAAAGAUUUAGAAAGAGUAAUAGUAUUAAUGAACUUAGCAGAAUAUUUUAUUUGUGUUAUACUUCUAGAAGGAGUAAAAACUUAUCCAAACAAUA